CCCUAUCAGGAAACCCCAGGAAGAUAACUCCGCAACUUCCAGAAACCAAGCAAGCCACUCUCCUCUACCCAACUCACCAAUGCAUCCUACAUAGCCACUUAUCAACCCAUGACCAUAACAAGCGAACAAGAAGAGCCCAAAAUGUCCACCUCCCUCGCAAGAGGAGCAGGCGCGAUCUAUUUCGGCCCCUUCCUCGUCACCCCCCAGGUCUUCCACCUAACACCCCUCUCAUUUGCCCUUGUCAACCUCAAACCAAUUCUACCAGGCCACGUCCUCGUAUCGCCGCGGCGGGUCGUCGCGCGAGUCCGAGACCUCACACCGGCGGAAACGGCGGAUCUCUUCCUGACGACGCGACAGGUUGCAAGUAUGGUCGAGCGCGUGUACGGGGCUACAUCGUUGAAUAUUGCAAUCCAAGAUGGGAAGGAUGCGGGGCAGAGCGUGCCUCAUGUGCAUACGCAUAUUAUUCCUAGGAAAAGGGCAGAUUUGGAUCAUAUGGGGGGUACUGAUGCGGUUUAUGAGUUGAUGGAUGGGGAGGAGGGAGAUAUUGGGAGGUUUCAGUCGAUGAGGCAGGCGGGAAGGAGCUAUAGGUUUUCUGCUAUUGAGAGUGAGGGGCGGAAGCCUAGGAGUGAUGAGGAGAUGAGAGUGGAGGCGGAGACUUUGGCUAAGGAGAUGGAGAAGGAGGUGGAUUGAAUGCUUAUUUUUGUCAUUGUAUGGAUUACUUAUGAGGGCACAAUACGUUAUACAUUGUUCCUGCUGUUGCGGGGGAACAAGGUUAGAAAAUAGAAUCGAUCU